GGAGACACAGUGAGUGACACCACUGCCAGGAAGAGACCUCUCAGCUCUGGCCCUGUCUCUAUCCAGGCUGGAACAAGUCUUCUCAUAAACUUGGUCCUCCCCCGGAAUCUAAAGCCUCCUCAGCUUUCUGAGCCUAAAAGAGACCAGCAAAACUGCUGUAGAAACUCUGCUAGCUGGCUGCCAGUGUGACCUCACCCUCUCCAGUGCCCCCUACUCGGUGCCAGCUAUGAGUUCCUGCAACUUCACACAUGCCACCUUUGUACUCAUUGGUAUCCCCGGAUUAGAAGAAGCCCAUUUCUGGAUCGGCUUCCCCCUGCUUUCAAUGUAUGCCGUAGCAGUGUUUGGAAACUGCAUCGUGGUGUUCAUCGUAAGGACGGAGCGCAGCCUGCAUGCUCCCAUGUACCUCUUUCUCUGCAUGUUGGCAGCCAUUGACCUGGCAUUGUCCACAUCCACCAUGCCCAAGAUCCUUGCCCUCUUCUGGUUUGAUUCCCGGGAGAUUACCUAUGAUGCCUGCAUUGCCCAGAUGUUUUUUAUUCAUGCCCUCUCAGCUAUUGAGUCCACCAUCCUUCUGGCCAUGGCCUUUGACCGUUAUAUAGCCAUCUGUCACCCACUACGCCACGCAGCAGUACUCAACAAUACAGUAACAGCCCAGAUUGGCAUGGUGGCCGUGGUCCGUGGAUCCCUCUUCUUUAUCCCACUGCCUCUGCUCAUCAAGCGGCUGGCCUUCUGCCACUCCAAUGUGCUCUCACACUCCUAUUGCGUGCACCAGGAUAUGAUGAAGUUGGCCUAUGCAGACACAUUGCCCAAUGAGGUCUAUGGUCUUACUGCCAUUCUGCUGGUUAUGGGCGUGGAUGUCCUCUUCAUCUCCUUGUCCUAUUUUCUGAUUAUACGAACAGUUCUACAACUGCCUUCCAAGUCAGAGCGGGCCAAGGCUUUUGGAACCUGUAUGUCACACAUUGGUGUGGUUUUAGCCUUCUAUGUUCCUCUCAUUGGACUCUCAGUGGUUCACCGUUUUGGAAAGAGCCUUGACCCCAUCGUGCAUGUUCUUAUGGGUGAUGUCUAUCUAUUUCUGCCUCCUGUGAUCAACCCCAUCAUCUAUGGUGCCAAGACCAAAAAGAUCAGAACUCGGAUGCUAGCUAUGUUCAAGAUCAGCUGUGACAAGGACCCUCAGGCUGUGGGAAGCAGGUGAUCUUUACCACUUUCCCUUAUCCUUAGUGGUUUGACAUAAUGAUUUCAUAAUACUAGCUUAUUUCUAGUUGCCUAUUUAAUGAUUUUUCCUGCUGUGGCCUCCAAAUGCUACCUCUGCUUGGGAUGAAAGUUUGGAGGCUACCAUGAUUUCCUUUCAUAGGAAAUUAGUUUUUAUUAAUGAAAAUUCACAAUUUUGGAAUAUAAAUUCUUGAGCAUCACAGCUGAUGGUAUAAUUGGCAAUAUGUAGCAAGAAAUUUUUAAAACUUACAUGCUUUAAUGCUUUCUCACUUUUGGAAAUUUAUCCUAACAAAAUAUCCCUAAAUGCUGAAAGCAGUUUUUCAUAAAAUACAUUGGCUACACCACUAUUAAUCAUAUACUAAAGAUCACAGGAUAUAAUAUAUAAAAGUAAGGAAUAGUAAAUUUGAGUAUGGUCCAUUUAUUUAAUGAAAUAUAUGUGGAACAAUCCAUAUUAAAAGAAUAUUAUGUGACCUUUAAAGACUCUGCUAUAAAAUGAAACAUGCAUAUAAUGUUAAAAAUAAAAUAAAAAGGACACAUGAUUGAAAUUAACUUGAAAAGCAAUCUAUGCCUUCAAGGAAAUGUGCUCAAAUUAGUGACUCAUUUUAGUUUUGACUUUCUAAAUUUAUUUAUUAUGGAUGUCUUGUUUAAAUGAUAUGUGUAACUUUCAAAAUGAAGAAAAUGAAACUGAUAAUUUACACAAACCUAAGCUUGUCAAAGACCUCAUUGUUGGUUUACUAUGCAAUAUCUGAAAAUUUAUCUAAGCCCUACACAAUAAUGCCAAUGAACAUGUCUUAAGUGCUUACCAUGUUCUAGGCACUAUACUAACUGCUUUAGAGAUUUUAUCUGAUCUUCACAACAAUUUUGGGGGCUAGGUACCAUUUUUGUCCCAUUACAAGUGAGAGAAAUGAGCUUUUCAUUAACAAGAUAACUAAGUCAUACAGUUUGUGGGUGCUGUGCCAAGAUUUGAAAUUGAGUUUGAUAACCAAAUAUAGUUACUUAAUUUCCACAUUAUAUUGCUUCCUGUUUAAUAUAUUCCAUUUAUUUCUUCAGCCUGUGCAAAUCCUGUUUUCUCUCUGCUGUGUGUCUUCUAAGAUGAGUGACUUUGUGUUGAGAGAUAACCCUGCCCUCAUGAGCAACAAAUCCAGAUUGCUCUUCGUGAUUUAUAGUCACCUUUCAUGUUCUACAGCCUGUUUCUUUCCAGAUUAAGGGAGAGUAUUUUUGUCUACUUAUAGAUUACAUCUUCUCACCCAUAUCUCCCUUUUGUCAGUAUAUCCUGUAUCUUUUAAACAUUUCAUAUGUAUGGGUUUUAACUUAAGUAUAAGACAAUAAAAUUUUAUUUUAAAUUUU